UCUUUCCUCUCGUCAGGCACUCCAAUUCAUCCAAGCCUCGCCUGCAACAAGCUGUUGUCCCUUCUACCCCAUUUCCCUGCCUCCUACCCCAUCAAUAUAUUGACCUCCACCUCACCCUCUUAUACAACCCUCUCUCCUCCACCCUUCCCCCUCAACUCCAUCUCUCUGUCUCUCAUGGCCAGUGCUGUUAGAGCGCCACUCAUGGACGACAUAAUGAGCCAACAAGCUUGUGAGAGGCCGGCGACGCUAGCCUUGCGCAAGGACUCGCAUAUGAUAUCAAAGAUGAAGCCAAAGAUCAGAAUAGUGCACAUCUUCGCGCCAGAGAUCAUACAGACGGACGUCGAAAACUUUCGGGAGCUCGUGCAGCGACUCACCGGGAAGCCCACGAAGAGAAACGGUGGUAAGAAGGCGGCAGCACCUGCCGUGGUCGAUUCGACAGAGAGCAUGGGAAUGAGACGGAGCUACCGGGACUCGUGGGUUGGAGAGAGAGUUAAAGGAGAGCUGGAGGUGGAGAAGAGGGAGUUGCGGACGGAAGGGACUUCGGGUGGGUUCUUGAGUACUGGUGGGUUCGGUGAUGUGGAUGGCAUCUUCCAAGGUCUUGGUGAUUUCCCAUCGCUUCCUUUGAGCGCUUCUCACGUGGAUGGGAUUGGAGAGGCCCAAGUCUCUUGAAAAGUGAAGGAACUAGCUAGGAUUGGAGGAUUGCAAUUUCCUUCACUUGUUCUCUUCUUCUUCUUCCUUGUGAUCGAUCUGUUUCUCUAGAAGGUGGGAUCUGUAGCAGGGUUUGAGUUUAUUUCUCUUAGUUUGCUACUGGAGGUGAUUUAUAUCUUAUUUUCUUUAACCCUGUGGUGUAAAUACUUGAAAAGCAUACUGAUCAUGUUUCAUUUAUUUCUUCCUUAA